AUGCUAUUGCCAUCCACCCAUGAAAUUCACGUGCUGGUGGUUAAAGGAAGUGCCAACAACCUGUCUGAAGCACGUCAGGAUAGCACAGAUCAAUGGCUGACGGAGUUCCACAUGAAAAAAAUUGAGUAUCACUCAUUACCACCGAUUGCCUCGUUACCAAGCUUCGUCCGGCAACCUCUGCCUGUGAAGGUUCGGAUGAAGAGGAAGGUUCUUUCUAGAUGGUCGUCGUUUCCUGGUGGCCCCAGCAUGGAUGUUCAAGAUAAAAUGUUUGCGGCUGAUGAUAUGGCGCCGUGCAAGAAGAUCAAAAAGAAGAUAGAAAGUAUGUUGGAACCGCUGCGAAGUGGAGACACUGAGUGCUCCUUCAUUUGGUUUUGGGAUACGGUAUUUCGCUCCAUACUCGACGUUGUGUUCACUCGCGCACGCAUAAACCGCGAUUCAAAACCUGGCACCAACAUCAACCUGCCGCGAGAACAGCUCUAUCAGAAGCUUACAUGGGUAUAUGGAGCGGUACCAUAUGUGUUUGGCUAUGCUGCAUCGGGCUACAAGGUCGACUUGUUUGCUCUAUUUCGUAGCAGCAGCGAGUCAUCAGACGUGGAGAGCUAUUCUAUUGGAUAUUUUGACUUGGAGAGUGCAGCAGAUCGUUUUCGAAUUGUGCUUGCACUUCUGAACUUGUGUUUACUAUUUUCCGCCAUCACAGAGGCUUGUCCAGAUUCUGGUCGGAAUGAGUACAGAAACAUUCAUUGUUCCAAUGGUGUAGUUGUGCGAUUGAAUCCAACAUUCGUCGAAAAGAUCUUUCCGAGUGAAGAGGGGUUUGAUCAGCUGGAGCAUAUUUAUGGUAUCAUGCAAAGUGCCAAUGUCUCCAAUGUUGAUCGUCUCAUCAAACUGAAGUGGGCAAAGAAGACGGCUAUAUUUGAGCCUCGCGGAACAAUGAUGAAACCACGCAACUUGUUGGAGUUGUUUGUUGCCCUUCGGAACAUCCUCGAAGCUCUUGUUGCCUUACAUCGUGAAUCGGUGAUCCAUCGAGACAUCCGCUGGUCGAAUGUGAUCAAACGACGUGACCGUGAUGCAUGGUUUCUGAUCGAUUUCGCUGAUGCAGCCACAAGCCCGCAACGCUUCCCCAACGGCAAACACCUGAGCACAGAAGAACAUGCACCGGAAAUCUUUGUGAACGGCAGUAUUCAUACAACUGCUGUUGAUAUCUGGGCAGUGGGAUACUUGAUUGAGACAAGUGGUGUGAG